AUGAUGAGUAUGAUGGAGCAUGAACUUAAACAGCAGAUGACCGACUACAAUCAAAUAUGGCCAGGUGUGGGUGGAUUUCAUCUUCCACCUACAUCCUCGAGUCAACUGUCUGCUCAGAAUGUUCACGAUGAUCUUUCACCCGCUCCUGACUCACCAGAUUCUUCAAAGGACGGGAAAAAGAAUGAUGACAGGGUGAAACGUCCAAUGAACGCAUUCAUGGUAUGGAGCCGGAGUAAGCGCAGAUUAAUGGCCCAAGAAAACCCUAAAAUGCACAAUUCCGAAAUAAGCAAAAGACUUGGAGCUGAAUGGAAGUGCUUAAGUGACAAUGAGAAGAGGCCUUUCAUUGAUGAGGCCAAACGAUUACGUUCAAUCCACAUGAAGGAGCAUCCCGACUACAAAUACCGUCCACGAAGGAAGACGAAGUCGUUGCAGAAGAAGACCCUUCCGAUGGGACCCUUUGCCACGUUGGAUCCUCUGAAACCUCAGGUUUACAAUUCGGUCCAGUCAUGGAAUGGUAACAGUGCAUAUCCAUUCGACACCUCCUAUGGUCUGUAUCCUCGAACAGGAUACGAGAUGCUCAAUCAACUACCGUAUCUCGACAGUUCACCAUCACAGUAUACUCAAUCCCCACUUGGUAGCGCUUAUCCAGUAAAUUACCUCACACAAGCUCCUGUGGUUAAAUCCGAAGUAGAGGCAUCUCCUGAAAGCACGGAAAUUUCUCUAGAUCCUGGUCACUUCCGGGCAUUUUAUGAUCCUUCUAAGGAUCCGAUGACAUCAAUGUAUUCUAAUCCGCUUUCAUAUUCGUCCCUUGAAAGCAUGGGACUUACGCAAUCUAUGCCUCAGUCUCAUGUCACCUCUUAA